GUCACAUUCAGUUGACAGUCAGUCAAUAUUAGAGCAAGUCGAGUGAUAUGCUUAGUGUGCUCGGAUCUUUAUUCGGCUCUGCCUCAGAACUUGUGGGGAUCGGCGUUCCCUGCGACGACGGCUUCUCCGACCGCCUCAACCACAACUGGACGACAUUCCUCCUCACGUUUUUCUGCCUCGUCAUCACCACUACUCAGAUCGCCGGCAGCCCCAUCAAAUGUUGGAUCUCCAAGGAUACCGACCAUGCGGACUACAUCCACAAUUCCUGCUGGGUGAAGAACACCUACAACGCCCCCAUCAGCCACCCCCUCCCGGUGGAAGAGAAGGAACGUCAGAAGGCGGAACUCAAGUACUACCAAUGGCUUCCUAUUAUCCUCUUAGUCCAGGCUCUGAUGUUUAAAAUGCCGAACAUGAUUUGGAGCCUGUGCCAAGGCAACGGUGGAAUCAACAUUGAGAAGAUUACCUCCCUUUCACAGAAAACACAGUAUUCAAAGCCAAAGGAAAGAGCGACGACCGUAACAAAUAUUGCAGCCUAUAUUCACAGCUGGCUUAUCUUUGAACGCGAACGUAGGUACACCAUCUUCUCGCGCAUGCGCCGGCGGAUGUCCAGACUUAGCAUCCUUUUCUUCCCUUUAGGAUCCCGCAACGGAACGUAUUUGGUUGGACUGUAUUUCUUUUCCAAAAUUCUUUAUGUCGCUAACUCAGUUGGACAAUAUUUCCUCCUAAAUGCGCUCCUCGGAUUUGAUUUCCUCAAGUUUGGCAUUCUGGUGCUCAGCAAUCUUCUGGAAAAUGGCGAAAUCACGGACACGACGGCUUUUCCAAGAGUCACCUACUGUGACGUCAAAAUACGUCAACAACAGAACGUCAACACCUUCACCUACCAAUGCGUCCUUUCAAUCAACAUGCUAUCUGAAAAGAUCUUUGCUAUUCUGUGGUUCUGGUUUCUAUUCCUUGCAUGCGUGAACGCAGUGUCAACGCUCGUGUGGUCCUACAACCUCGUCUACAGACGCAACAGGGUGCGUUAUGUCGAAAAAUAUCUGAGCAGGUUCGUCAACGUUGAAGAUGAAAAGGAACUGUGUCGCAAAUUCAUUGACGACUACAUCCGCGACGACGGUGUCUUGGUUCUGAGAGCCGUGGCCAACAACUCCAGCAUCAUGGUGCUAGGAGACAUCGUGGAGGCGCUGUGGCACCUCUUCAACAAAAACAGAGAAGUAAGGAACGAAAGGAAAGAACAGAGAAAGAAGGAACUAGAAAACAGAGACAAGAUGGAGUUGGAGGUGAUUUCAGAUGGGAAACAUGGCGCUACAACGCACCUCAGGAAAUUAAAAGAAGUUGACCUGUGAGUACACGGAGCUCAAACAGGAAGAUCAUUACUGUAUUGACAUAUAUUGAAUAUUUGUUACAUAUUUUUCAUAUUCUGAAUGUCUGCAAAUUAAUAGAAGUUUAUGUGCUAAUGCAGGGAGGUCAUGCACAAUUGAUGAAAAGGAAAUGAUAUCACUGUAUUUACAAACAGCACCAAUCGUGUAUAUGUUUCAUGCUCUAUAUGAAUAACAUAGUGGCCAUGUUCUGGCCACUAUAACCUGUAAUUACAAUAUUUAACCCGGGCAAUGAAAUAAUGUUUUCACUUGUUUAAUACGACUAGGAGAAAGUCGACUGGCACAUCCAUUUGGAUAAGAACAUAAAUGAACAUGCUCCUGCAAUAUCAACUUGCCUAUCUAUUCGUAUAUUUCAAGAGAUUUUUAUCUUUCAUUUAUACCUUUGUAAUCAUUCGCUGUGUCUUUGAUAUAAGCAGUUGCAAUUAUUGGAAUGAUGUGGUUAUUAAGGUCUAGUCUCCGUAAUGUAGUUUCUCAAAUAGAUGACAUGAAUAUGUUUUUCAAAUGACACAUUAAUUGUUUUCGAGAUAGUUUAAUAUAUUUUAUUAUUCAUAUUCUUCUUACCAUGUCAGUAAUUAAAUUGUGCUGAUUCUUAUUAACACGUAUACGCUUGAUGCUGAGCUUAUAGAAGGCCGUUUAAUGAUCCGACCCUUUCCUUGCCAAGCAUUUACAAAGUAGGCACAAGUGUGUCUGUGUUCAAACACAUUUAUAGAGAAUCGAAAAAUGAACAAAAUGAAUCUAAUUUUUUAAGAACCUAUUGCAAUUGUUGUCCCGCUAUAACCAAAGACUUUAUUUUUUGUUGCUCCAAAACAUCCAUUUACCUUUUCUGCAACGCUUCACCACUGGCUGAUACCAGGAUGUAGUACAUGUAGACCCACGUUUCUUUCAUACAUAUUGUGCUGUUUCCAUAUCGAGAUCGUCAUCUUACUGUGAUAGUGAUUAUUGUAUUGCUGUCGUAAAACAGCAACAUAUCAUUCAGUUACCCGUUUGCAUCUUAUAUUGUGUUUCGAAUGUUUAGGAUUUAAAGGAUUGUGUGCUUGCGGGGGUGACAGUCCCAGCAGAUCUGGUUAAAAAGUAAGCCUUGUGGUUAAAGGGUUUGCUCGUCACACCGAAGGACCGGGUUCGAUCCCCCGCAAUGGUACAAAGUGUGAAGCCCAUUUCUGGUGUCCAUCGCCGUGAUAUUGCUGGAAUAUUGCUAAAAACGGCGUUAAACCAUAGUCAUUCACUCACUAAUUAACCAUCCUAGUACUGCCUUGUCUGGCUGCUACUUCAGAUCGUAUCUCAUGUAUCACCCUUACACUUUAUGUUUACCCUCAUUACCAGGAUCCAGUGGCACAUGUUCACUUUAGAAACCUCUUUCAUAUCUACGGCGAUCGUAAAGCCCAUACCUGUAUAUGUAGAUUCACAAUACUCGUACCGUAUAUGGACCCUGCUCAAAAGAAUCUCAGUCAUGUAUGUGUAAUAUGUAUCAGUUAGUGUAUACUAAGUACCAAUACAGUGAUACCCUGUUAAUCAGGAAACCCCCAUUUCCGGACAGUUAUUUGUCAGUACUUUCAUACAUAUGUGUAUAAUUGGACAAAACCCCUAAAUGCUGAUGAAUACCUGAUGAGGAAAUAUGUCAAUUCGGAUAAUUCCGAUCUGAACUGUACAGUAACGGGGUUUUAGCUGAGCGAUGCGUGUUCACGUUGAAUCGAUGUGUUCCACAAUUUCUGCAUUUCAACUGUCUAGAAAGAUCACACGGUGCUGUUUUUGUUUUCGUUAUCUUUUUGUUAUUGCUUUUUGUUAUUAUAUAUAACCAUAUUUGUCUCAAAAUGGAACGCUCGGAAUUGUACGAUGGAUGUGCACGCAAAUAUAUUCAGUUUUAAUUUCCAGCUGAUGAUAUCAAGAAAAUGAGGUUCCUGUAUAUGUGGAGACCGAGCUCUCUUUGCAGAAACCUAUGAUCGUGGGUUUGAAUCUUGUUUCGCCCUGAUUAUAUUUAAGGUUUGUGAGGUCCAAACCACGCUGGGUUUCACCACUUUGGUAAACGUCUGAAACAUGCGGGCUUUCCUCCUCAUUGAGUGGGUGGUUUUGUAGCCUAGUGGUUAAAGCGUUCGCUCGUCACGCUGAAGACCCAGGUUCGAUUCCCCACAUGGGUACAAAAUGUGAAGCCUAUUUCUGGUGUCCCCCGCCGUGAUAUUUGAAAGCGGCGUAAAACUAAACUCACUCCUCAUUCAGCUGAAACGCCGUUAGAUAGCUGAAAUACUGUGCAAAGCGGCGAUAAAAGCACCUUCUUAUCCAUACUAAAAUAACUGUACUCUCAUAACUGUGAUUAGACUGACUUGUAGUUUAGUUCGAACAAUUUCAAGAUGAAAGGGUUCUCUCACACCCGCAGGAACAAGAGUGCUUCCGUCAACAGACGUCGCUUGUAAAUAAUGACUCGCAUUAAUACUAUACGUCAACGGCAUUUAUACCAAUGUGCAUUUUCUCUUGGAGCAAUACCUCAUCUAGUCAUUUGCUAUGUGAACAGAAUUGAAAACAAACUCCAAUUUCUAUAUCAUUUGUAUAGAUGAUACGACCUGUCAGUAUUAUUCCACAGAUAUGCUCAGAUUUUGAGAUGUAUUUUAUUCUUGUUGAGAUGUAUAUGUAUAUUCUUUAUACUUUCUUUACAAUAAAACUUUUGCUUUUA